AUGGAGUUUGAUCUUGAGGACCCUCUGCCACCUUCUAAUGAAAACUUCCCCUCACUGUUUAAAAUGGAGAUUGAUCAAAUGCCCUCCAAGACUUAUUCUCAGGCCUUCACCUCACAAGCUUCUGCUAACCUCUCUGUUCGCCAUGAAAUGGAUGGAAAGCUGUGGAUUUUUCGUCUAGUGGCAAUUGCUUGCGUCUCGUUAGCACUGAAAAUGAGGAAAACAGAGUUCUCUGUUUUUGACCUUAUUCAAGAUGGAGGCUUCAUGUUUGAUUCGGCCACGAUCCAACGGAUGGAAAUGCUUAUUCUCGGAGCUUUAAAAUGGCGCAUGAGAUCUGCAAAUCCAUUUUGUUUUAUGAACUAUUUCAUUACAUUCUUAAAGUCCAACAACAAGCCUUCCGUUGAGCAACUGAAGCAAAGGGCCACCGAGAUUAUCUUGAAAGCGCAAAAUGACGUCAAAUUGCUCAAGUUCAAGCCGUCAAUUAUCUCAGCUUCGGCCCUUCUGUGUGCCGUUAAUGAUCUGUCCCCAUUUCAGUUCCCAUCCUUUAGAAAUGCUGUUUGCAGCUGUUCUUAUGUAGAUAAGGAGGAUUUUCUGCUGUGUUAUGAACAUAUACAAGAAGUAGCAACUGAAGGUUACGAGUCGUUGUGGGCCCGGACAUCGAGUUCCUGCACACCUGUCAACGUGCUGGACGUGCACGUUUUGAGCUCUUCGAUUUCAGGCUCGAAAAGCAGUAAAUAAAAAUGCUGGUGAAAAUUUGGCUUGCCUGGAAAAUGAUAGAUAGAUAAUGUGAAUAAGAAAAGGGGCUUAUUUGAGGAAGAUAAGGUGUCUCUGUGUGUGUGUGUGUGUUUUGAUGGUUGAAUUUAAGGUUAGUCCGGACAAAAUCCAGUAUUGUCUUAGUUAGGUUUGGUAAAUUAAUUCUAAUUUGCUGUUGAAAAAGCGGGGUUUUAUGAAUCUAAGUCGCCAUCGUUUUCUACUUUUC